GUUGCUGGUGUGAAAGGGAGAGUGAGACAGCAGGAGCAGUCACUCUGCAUUAAGGUGCUGACAGUGGGAGAACUUCACUGAUCGACUCUCCUCCUUCAAGGAAGCAGCACAGAGAUUAGAUGGCUCAGUCUUCAUACUCUGCAGUUUUCAAUUGGAAGGAACUCAAAGAUCUCAAGGCUGCUUAUAAAACAGGUGGGCUAAGUGCUGUUGUGCCUCUGAUACAGAAGAAGAUACAUGAUCUGACAAACACAGAACUACAUAUUGCAGUGACAGGAGAAACAGGGUCAGGGAAAUCCACCUUCAUCAAUGCGAUGAGAGGACUUCAGGAUGGUGAUGAGGGAGCAGCUAAAACCGGGACCACAGAAACCACAAUGAAGCCAACUUCAUACCCACACCCUAACCUGCCGACUGUUAUAUUUUGGGACCUGCCAGGAAUUGGGACGACAAAAUUUCCAGCUAAUAAAUAUGUGAAGCAAAUGAACUUUGAUAACUACGAUUUCUUCCUCAUUCUGUCAGACUGUCGUUUUCGAGAAAAUGAUGCACGACUUGCCAAAGAAAUUGAAAAGCUGGGGAAGAAAUUCUACUUCAUUCGAUCUAAAAUUGAUAAUGAUUGUGACUCUUUUCGUAAGCAAAAUAAACAUUUUGACAAAGAUAAAGAGCUGGACAAAAUCAGGAAGUAUUGUAUCAGAAGCUUGGAAGAGCAAGGAAUUACAUCACCCGUUUUCCUGAUCUCACAUUUUGAAACAAACAAGUUUGAUUUUCCAGAAUUAAAUGAUACCAUCCAAAGUAAUCUUGAUGACAUAAAGAAGCAUGUUUUCUUGUUGUCCCUUCCAAACAUAGCACUGAAGAUAAUAGAAGAGAAGAGAAAAGACCUGAAGGAUCGAAUCUGGACGUUGGCCACACUUUCUGGUGCAAUAGGAGCUGUUCCGCUUCCUGGCCUGUCCAUGGUUUGUGACAUCGGGAUACUGGUUACUGCAAUUAUAGAUUUCCGUAAGUAUCUGGGUCUGGAUGAUGUCUCCCUUCAAAGGUUGGCAAAAACAACAGGCAAACCUGUCAGGCAGCUGAAAGCUGUGGUGAAAACUCCCCUAAUGGGGGAAAUAAAUGAACAAUUUGUGAAAAGAUUGUUGGCGAGUGCAACCUAUUUCACCAUUUCAGCAAUUGAGCUGAGUCUUGAUUUCAUACCAGUUAUUGGAUCCAUCUUUGGAGCAGGAUCGUCAUUUCUCAUGACCUACAAAUUUUUGCAUGGUGUGCUGGAUGAUCUUACAGAGAAUGCAAAGAGAGUGGUACAGGCUGCAUUUGACUCUGAUUUUCAUUGAGUUUCCAAUAAAUCAAUCAAAUAGCAAAAGAAAUAGAACCUUUUGUUUAUGGCAUUGUCCACAUCCUAGGACAUUCAAAAUUGUUCCACAACCAACUAAUUCCAUUUAAAGGGUAAUCACUGAUGUGACCAAGAAAAACAAAACAGUUUGUUGGAUUACAGCAAGAUCCCAGAAGAAAUUGAGAUAACUGGUCAACUCUUGUAUUUUUACUGACUCUGGUUGAGGGAUACUUCUUUUCUAGAAUGCUCAGAGACCUUCCCUGCUCUUUAUCAAAUCAUUCCAGGGAUGUUUCAUACUAAAAGGAACUGGCACAUUCUUUUGGAAGACAUCAUAUCAAUAUUGAUGCAGUGGGCACUGCACUAUGUACCUGCCAAGAUCAUGUGUUCAGUUCUCUGGAAAAAGUUAGGAUAAAUUGGAAAACUGAAGCACUUCCACUCCUCAUACAAUUUGCUGAUCUUUCCAUUUUACCCUCUGAAAUGUUCCUUAUCUCUUCUUGAUUUCUCUGAUCAACACACUCAUUUCAGAAACAUGACCGAUUCCUCAGUGUGUAGAAAUUUCCCGACAGCCAUACCAACACAGAAGAGGUUGCUGUGUAUAAAACAGCCUUUGUGUUCUCAACUUUGUGUUGCUUGUCUUCAUGUGGAUAUCGUAGCAGCAAUACUCUUGACCUUUCUCAUUGAAUAUCAGAUAAAUACUCACUUCAAGAUUUGAAUAUGUGUUGAAUUCAGUGACAAAUGAACGGCUAAUCCAGGAGCUACUAAGUUUCGAGUUGAAGCCUUUCCUGAACAGGAUACACCAUUGAAAACCAAAGAAAAUAAGAAGGUCGACAGAAAUAUGAAGGCCGACAAAAAGCCGCAUGAAUGAGUAUGUUUGUGCUACUCACUGAUAGCCAUGACGAAUGUGGAUUCUUCAGCACAGUUACAAUCAUCUACAGCCCAAGUGUGCUAACAACCAAUUCAUUGAGUGAUACAAAUGGAGUGGUACUCAUCAAGGACAGAGAAAGGUCAGCGCUCAUUGGAAGCAGCUCUUCCAGGACUCAGUACUCAAUGCGAGUAUCCCUGAGCACAGCUUGCUACCCAUCACUGUCUCAGCACAGCUCCAGCGCAACAUGAGGUUGACAAGGCCAUCUGGCAACUGAGAACCAAAAGGUCACCAGCUCAGAUGGAAUCCCGCCAAAAUACUGAAAUACUAUAGUGAAACACCUUAGUCACUGGCAUGUGGUGUUAUCACACUCAUGUAGAAGAAGGUGAGCACACCAGCAGAUCUGAGAUGCUGUAAUUGUGACCAUCUUCAUGGAAGGAGACAAGAUGGAUUGUACGAAUGACAUGGCAUCCCUUCUGUACUUUUAGUGCUGGAGAAGGUCCAACUGGAGUCACAAUGUCAACUCUAUCUAUCAAGAGGCAUGGUGAAACAAGUGCAGGCAGCACCACAACUUUCAAACAUGGCCUUCUUCAACAUCACAAAGGCCUGCAACUCUGUCAACGUAGAGGGACAAUGAAGCAUCCUGCUCAGGUUUGGCUGCCCAUGGAAAUUUGUUACCAUUCUCCAUCAGCUGCACAACAGCAUGCAGCUAUGAUCCUUACCAAUGGAUCCAGUACUUACUCAACACCUGUGCAUAGUGGGAGAAACAAGGCUGUCAUCUCACCAGGAGAAAGUGAGGACUGCAGAUGCUGGGGAUCAGAGCUGAAAAUGUGUUGCUGGAAAAGCGCAGCAGGUCAGGCAGCAUCCAA